AUGGCUUCUUCAAGAUUACUCCGACUGCCUUCAAGGUCUAACGUACUCCUCGCCAAAAGUAUAUAUUCUCCAGUACAACCAUCGAUAACACUCAGGUCCAAUGGUGUUACUCCAUCAGGAAUUAGCUGUACGGUCUUGCCGUCCCCUCAAAGAGCAUCGAGCUCGGGAUCGGGUUUGAUCCUAGAUAGAUCGUUCACUACUUCUUUAUCCGCCUUGAAGAAAAAGACAACCGCCAAGGAUAAGGAGCUGUUGGAUCCAUCUUCAGAAGAUUACUUGGACCUCCCCUCACCUACUCAGAAGGUAAAGUUCUUGAAUGGUAUAAAGAAGGAUUAUGGUGAUGAAUACGACAAUAUGACUGUACCUACCACGCAACUGUUAGAUGCUUUGAGGGAUAUGCAAUCGUGGAGACAACUUACGCCUUCGACUUCAAAAUCAACGGAUUAUAGAGAUGCGUUAAGAUCGAUCUCGCUCUUAGCUGGACCUGAUGGUGGGAUCAGUAGACCGUCUUUGAGACUGAAGGAUAUUGAAAGUGUCUUAUCUGAUGAGAACGGUGUCACAUGGCGAUUGAUGAGAGAUAUAAUCGAACAUGGUCUCGUACCGGAAUUAGAAGGAUUAGAUGAAAAAUGGAAAGCUAUGGUGAAGAUUAAUAGAGUACAUGGAUUCGGUAAAAUCAAAGCUCAAACUUAUGUUGAUAAUGGGGCGAGAACAUUGGAAGAUCUUUUGAACGCCAAGGACAAAGAAUAUGGUAGGAAAGUAUCUGAUGCUCAGAAGCUCGCGAUCAGAUAUCACAAAGAGAUGGAUCUGAUGAUUCCUCGAAGUGAAGUUGAAGAAUUUGAGAAAUUGAUCAAAAAUGCUUUGAACAAAGUUGAUCCCACUCUCGGCUUCGCGAUCAUGGGAUCAUACAGAAGAGGCGAAUAUGUCAGUAGUGAUAUUGAUAUGGUCGUAUGGCACGAGUCUUAUCCCAAACGAGAUCGAGAAGAUAAAUCGAAGAAAGGUGGAUAUGCGCAUGAUAGUCUUAUGGGAAAAGUCAUGAAUGCCUUGAUUCGAGAUGGGUUGAUUCAGGAGGAUCAACUGUUCUCGAGAGGCGAAAAGAAAGUCCUCGCUUUGACUAAAUUACCUCAACCCAAUUCGAUCCACCGUCAAGUUGAUAUUCGAUUGUGUCCCCUUGAGAGUCUGCCUUACAUGUUAUUGGGCAACACCGGGGAUGAUACCCUCAUGAAGACUUUGAGGUACAGGGCAAUUCAAAAAGGUUGGGCAUUGAAUGAGUAUGCAAUGGGUGAGCGGGUUGAGGGGUCGCAAGGUGUCUGGGUAGCAGAAGGUAAGGAGAUUAUCGUUAACAGCGAGAAAGAGAUAUUUGAGAAGCUCGAACUGCCUUACCUCGAGCCCACGAUGAGAUCUUUACACAAGUACAGGCAUAUUCUUCAGAUCAAAUAG